CUGUGGCCUGCGGCUCCUGGGCCGGUAGCGCCGUUCUUGAUCGCGUUGACUGGCUGUGUGUAACCGCGGGUCACGGGUGCUCGCCUCCCGUCACAGCUCAGCCCAGCGCCGCCAAGGCCGUCGGCCCCGAGCCUCCGCCAUGGACUUCGAGGACGAUUACACACACUCUGCUUGCAGAAAUACUUAUCAGAGCUUUAAUGGAAUGGAUCGUGAUUAUGGCCCCGGAUCUUAUGGAGGGAUGGAUCGUGACUAUGGCCAUGGAUCCUGUGGGGGUCAAAGAUCCAUGGACUCCUACCUAAACCAGUCAUAUGGCAUGGACAGUCACAGUGGUGGUGGUGGGGGUAGCAGGUUUGGACCUUAUGAGUCUUACGACUCCAGGUCUUCUCUGGGUGGGCGAGAUCUGUACAGAUCUGGCUAUGGUUUUAAUGAACCCGAACAAAGCCGCUUCGGAGGUAGUUAUGGUGGUCGAUUUGAGAGCUCCUACCGGAAUAGCCUUGACUCUUUCGGAGGUAGAAACCAGGGCGGGUCUAGCUGGGAAGCACCUUACUCCCGUUCAAAAUUGAGGCCUGGGUUUAUGGAGGACAGAGGAAGAGAGAAUUACUCUUCCUACAGCAGUUUUUCUUCACCCCAUAUGAAGCCUGCACCUGUAGGCUCUCGGGGGAGAGGAACGCCUGCUUAUCCUGAAAGUACGUUUGGAAGCAGAAACUAUGAUGCUUUUGGAGGACCAUCAACAGGCAGAGGCCGAGGCCGAGGACAUAUGAGUGAUUUUGGAAGCAUUCAUAGACCUGGAAUUGUUGUUGACUAUCAAAACAAACCCACCAAUGUGACAGUUACUGCUGCAAGAGGAAUAAAGAGAAAAAUGAUGCAACCAUUUAAUAAGCCUGGUGGAACCUUUAUCAAGAAACCCAAGCUAGCAAAACCUGUGGAGAAGAUGAGCCUCAGCAAAUCACCCACAAAAACAGAUCCUAAAAAUGAAGAAGAAGAAAAGCGACGAAUUGAGGCUCGGCGAGAGAAACAAAGGCGCAGAAGAGAAAAAAACAGUGAGAAAUAUGGAGAUGGAUACAGAAUGGCAUUCACAUGUUCAUUUUGUAAAUUUCGAACAUUUGAAGAAAAAGAUAUUGAACUGCAUCUGGAAAGUUCUUCACACCAGGAAACAUUAGAUCAUAUUCAAAAACAAACCAAAUUCGAUAAAGUAGUUAUGGAGUUUUUGCAUGAAUGUAUGGUAAAUAAAUUCAAGAAAACAUCUAUUCGUAAGCAACAGACAAAUAAUCAAACAGAAGUAGUCAAAAUAAUUGAAAAAGAUGUUAUGGAAGGUGUUACUGCAGAUGAUCACAUGAUGAAAGUAGAGACUGUUCACUGCAGUGCUUGCAGUGUGUAUAUCCCUGCUUUACAUAGCUCAGUUCAGCAGCACUUAAAAUCUCCUGAUCAUAUCAAAGGGAAGCAGGCUUAUAAGGAACAAAUAAAAAGAGAGAGUGUCUUGACUGCUACAAGCAUUUUAAAUAAUCCAAUAGUGAAGGCGCGAUAUGAACGUUUUAUUAAGGGUGAGAAUCCCUUUGAAAUUCAAGAUCAUUCUCAAGAUCAGCAAAUAGAAGGAGAUGAGGAGGAGGAGGAAAAGAUUGACGAACCUAUUGAAGAAGAGGAAGAGGAAGAGGAGGAAGAAGAAGAGGAAGUGGGGGAAGUAGAGGAAGUAGAAGAAGUGGAGGAAGUAGAGGAAGUGGGAGAAGGUGGAGGAGUAGAAGGAGUGGGGGACACAGAGGAAGGAGGGGACAUAGAGGGAGAGGGGGAAGUAGGGGCAGUGGAGGAAGGAGAGGGAGAAGGAGAGGGAGUAGGGGAAGUAGAGGAAGAAGCAGCAAAGGAAGAGCCUGUCGGCUUCCCCGUUGACCAACCAGAAGAAAACUAAAUAUAAGGUAUUAGUCAGUUUUAAAAGAAGCUUUAAAUUUCUGUCCCAAUGUGGAAAAGGGUAAGAAUAUCAGUAGUUUAAAAUAUGAGAGUUAACACCCAUGUUGCAUGCAUUCCACAGAUUACAAUUUGUUUUAUAUAAUUUCUAAAUGUUUGGCAUUUGUUUAAUAAAAUGAAGGUAAGACUAUUUUAGUUUAGUUUUUAUAGCUACCUAACUUAGAUUCAAUAAAUUGUUUGUAUAAUUUUUAAGCUUAAUUUUUAUUACUUUAUUGGUGUUGAGGAUAACAGAUGUGUAUUGUUAGUAUAUCUAUUCUAAUCAUUUGAACUUAAAUGCUGCUCUUGGGAGUAUAUAUUCGAGUGUGCAUUAAUGUUUUGAAUACUUACCCUAGAAGAGAUGAAUUGGGCAAGUAUUUUGUGCUCUGUGUAUUUUUUUACUGCAUUGGACAUUGAAUAUAGUAAUUUGCGUUAAGAAACGCUUAAAGCCUUUUUGUGACCAUGUUUCCCUUUGUAGCAAUAAAAUGUUUUUUACAAAAAUUCUCUCCCUGGAUUAGCAAUU